GCUCCGCCUUCCUAGUGUGCCGCGUCAGUGCUCAGUCAGAUUCCUGCACACACACGCUAGUUGACACUUGUAAACAGUGAACUUCUCUUAAAGCGGAUAAGGCGAUACAGAGCAAGUCAAUGAAUUUCUUCAAGCUGAAUUUCAUUUUUCAUUCACCGGUUUCAUCGACUAAUUAAAGAGAUGGUUGCUAAGUGAUGACAAGCGGUGACAUUGGUGAAUGCCUCUGAUAUACAGCCUGAAGCUCGACUUCUCUACGAUCUCUUUGCUCCACACUUCUGUCUGUGCCUGGCUCAUGUGAAGGACACAGGAAAACGCUCUUAUAUCAACAGACUCACAAAUACCAUGGCAACUUUUACUGCUUCUUGUGCCAACACCAGUACCUCGACCAGCAGGGUAGCCCGAACUGCAUGGAAAAGGCAAGGAAACAGUGAGGAGGGGACAUAUGGGGAGGACGACAUGGGACAAAACACUAUCUUGGAGAAGACCCACGAAUUCUUCCAGAUCUGUGACAUUGAGAACAAGGGCUUCAUCACCCAGCGUGACAUGCAGAGGCUGAACGGUGAGCUCCCUCUCAGUGCAGAAGAGUUGGAGAAUGUCUUCGAUACCCUUGAUACUGAUAAAAAUGGAUACCUUACCCUGGACGAGUUCUCCUCAGGCUUUAGUGAGUUUUUAUUCGGCCGGAAGGUUUCUGUAGUGGAAGGCAUAGAGGAGAAGAAUCCCUGUGAGAGCCCGCCAGAGGUUCUGUACCAGAGCUUGGCAAGAGAAGACGAGGAUGAAGAAGAGAAACACUUUUGCAUGCUUAUGGAGCGCCUUGGAGCCAACAGUGUAUUUGAAGAUCCUGCUGAGGUGCGCAGUUUGUGGGCUCAGCUGCGUCGAGAUGAACCACACCUUUUAUCAAACUUUGAGGACCUCUUGGCCAGAGUGACAUUCCAAAUCCUAGAAGCUGACCAGGAGAAGAGGGCUAUAGAGAGUGCUCUGAAAAGGAAAACGGCCACAUAUGAUGAUGAGAUCCAGCGCCUGUAUGAAGAAAUGGAACAACAAAUAAAAACAGAAAAAGACAAAAUUGUGCUGCAGGACCAUGAGCAAUUUUUGUCUCGGAGUCAAGACCUGGAGCUGCAGCUGUCCAGCAAAGAGAAUGAACUGGACCAGCUCUUCCUGAAACAGAGAAAGUUGGAGCGUCAGUGUCAGGAUCUUCACAGUGAACAACAUAUGACUAAAGAGGAGAAUGAGAAGCUGAAGCAAACGAAUGAUGAGUUAGCACGGGAGCUGGAGCACACUAGCCAUGAGCUGAUCUUGGCACAGGAGCAGCUGAGUCAGCUGGAGGAACAGUCCACACGGCUUCAUGAGGAGAAGGAGAUGGAAAUCUACAGACUGACUGAGGGACUGCAGCGAGAGCGUGCAAGCCUCCUCAAACAACUGGACCUGUUGAGGGAAAUGAACAAACAUUUAAGGGAUGAGAAGGACAUGUGCCAGCAGAAUCCAGGGAAUUUUAAGAAACCGCCAUAUUUGACGCAGAGACCUUUAGUCAGUGUUGUGAAACAGACAACCCCAAAUGUCUUCAAAAGUGAGGAUGAGGAGGAGCUGACCUCCAUCUGUGACAGGCAGAACCUAGCCAAUGGGUCGUGCCAGCCGUCUUACCCAGCAGGGGCAAGAGGGCACCUCCAGAGGAUCAUCUCCAUUGAGGAAGACCCCCUCCCACAAUCGCUGCAGAAAGACUGUCGUGCUCAAUCCCCUCUUCAAGAGUGCAGUGAAGAGGAAGCGUCUGACAGUGAAGAGAAUAUGGACUUGGUAAUGAGUGGUAUUUAUCCAUCCUCUGCCCAGCAACAACAGUCAAAGAGCAAUGUGGAGAACAGAGAAACCCCUACAUCUCCGAGAGGUCAGCCUGUUGGCAAGGAGACCAGCAUAAAUGAAGAAGGCAGUCCCUCACCACCUGACCGCCUCUUCAAGAUUGUUCUGGUUGGGAACUCUAGUGUGGGAAAGACCUCCCUUCUUCAACGUUUUUGUGUUGACAGCUUCCACGCAGGCACUUCUGCUACUGUGGGUGUAGACUACAGUGUAAAGACGAUAACAGUGGACAACAGCCAGGUGGCACUGCAGCUGUGGGAUACAGCAGGACAGGAGAGGUAUCGAAGCAUCACCAAACAGUUUUUUCGCAAAGCUGACGGUGUGGUCGUUAUGUAUGACAUCACAACUAAUCAGAGUUUCACCAGUGUCAGACAGUGGCUGACGAGUGUAAAGGAGAGUGCAGGUGAUGACAUCCCCAUCAUGCUUUUGGGAAACAAAACAGAUAAGGAGGUUGAGAGAGAAGUUCCAAGAAGACUGGGUGAAAGACUAGCCAAGGACUGCCAGAUGGCUUUCUAUGAGUGCAGUGCAUGCUCAGGAUACAACAUAGUGGAGUCCAUGGUUCAUUUAGCCAGAAUUCUGCAGGAACAAGAGGAUAGAGAGAAGGAAAAGACAGUGGAGCUGGUUGGCAGCCCCUCAGAGAAGAAGAAAUCCUGCUGCUAAGAAUGAAAUAGUAAACACACACAGUAUCACUACCCUUUAUGAACAUAUAAGGUGUGAUAGGGUGAACACCAGAAUAUAUAAUGUCAUGUAUCACAGAUGUUAUAGCACUCUUACAUAAAAAGUCUACUAUAUAUGAUUAUCCAAUGAUUAACUGUUAAUUUAUGAAGAUGUAGUAAAACUGUAAAAUAUAUAUACAUCAUAAAUGUUUAAGUGUUUCCUUUGAGGGUUAGAUAUAAAAAUAGCUGAACAAAUGUGUCCACUGUAAGUAAAUGUAGGAUUUUUCAGAAAUAUUUAUUUAGCUUUGAAAUCUGCCACAUUGGGCCUUUUACUGUAUAUUAAUAUGUUUGUUCAGUGUAAUGUGUAAUUUUUAGCAGUUUUGGCCCUUUGCCUUUUGUACAGGUCACAUAGACACAAUAAUAUGAAACUUAAUCCAUAAUUAAAUACCCUUGCAGUAAACACUAUCUCAAUGAAACUUGUGACAUCCAGUUUCUUUUGGCAUUAUGCCAAAGAGGUGUUAAUUUAAUUUAGUGAUUUUUUUUUUUUUUUUUUUUUUUUUUUUUUUUUUGGGGGGCCAGGAUGUUAGGUGGUGUUUUGUGGCAUCGCAGGAUACUGCACCAAUAUGUCCAUUUUUUCACCUGGUGAGCAAAGUAUAAAAAAACAAACAAAAAAAAAAACAAAAAAACAGAUGAAACGGUGCUUAAAAAAAAAGAGAAAAUGGUUAGUUUCAAAUGUGGAAAUGUAGUGUUGUUUUUGUUGUACUGUACAGGGGUUGCUAUGCUUCCUGAGCAUUUACUGUAGCUGGGAACUUUGCUCAGUUGUAUUGUAC